AUGUCGCAGCACGUUCUUCUGAUUGGCGGCCACGGCAAGGUCGCGCAGUUCAUAACGCCCCUCCUGCUCGCACGAUCGUAUGCCGUUACUUCGAUGAUCCGCGACCCGGCCCAGUCGGCCACCAUCACCAAGUUAGGCGAGGGCCAGCCGGGCAAGCUAAACGUACUUGUGAGCAGCGUGGAGGAUGUGAAGAGCGAGCACGAUGCGAGGAAGAUCCUAGACCAGGUCAAGCCGAGCUGGGUUAUUUGGAGUGCAGGCGCGGGUGGCAAAGGCGGCCCUGACCGCACCUACGCCGUUGACCGCGACGCAGCCAAGGCCUUCAUCAAGGCGUCGACCACGUCGCCCAGCGUCUCGGCUUUCCUCAUGGUGUCGUACUUGGCGUCGCGGCGCACCAAGCCGGCUUGGUGGAGCGACGCCGAGUGGGCCACGGCGACCAAGCUCAACACCGAGACGCUGCCGGACUACGCCAAGGCCAAGAUCGCUGCUGACGAGUACCUGGCAGCGAUGACCAAGAAGCGGGGCGGGGACUUCAGGGGCAUCUGCCUUCGACCGGGCACGCUGACGGAGGGGCCGGCGGGUGGCGUGGAGCUGGGGAAGACGGGCGGAAGCGGUGGGAAGGUGAGCAGAGAGGCCGUGGCUCAGGCGGCGGUGGAGGUGCUGGACAGUGGGUAUAAGGGCGGGUGGUUGGAUCUGUUGGACGGACAGGAGGACGUGAGGAAGGCGGCUGAGAGGGUGACCAGGGAGGGAGUGGAUGCGUUUGAGGGGGAGGAUGCUGCGCGGAUCUAUGCGCUGGCGGACUGA